AUGCAGCAUCUUACUGUAUUGGUAAAAUGUGGUGAGUCAGCUUUAAACCAUGUCUCCGUUGAUAAUUCGCGACAUGAAUGGAAAGGUGGGUCACAGAGAGGUGCGACUAGGGGUGCAGAUUGCGUUCGCUGUGGGGUUGCCGAGGUAUGGUUCGCAGUGGCGCGGUUGAGGUGGCAGCGGAGGGGAAUGAGAAAGGAUUUUAGGGAUGAAGGCAGUCGUAUUAGAGAGGCUGGAGAUGAGGAUGGUCGUGGUGGUGGCCUAGCGAUUUGGGGGAGCAAUUGGGCUGCACGGGCUCCAGUGAAAGGAGUUGGAGUGGUGCUGGCCGUGGUCGGAGGUGAUUGGCAAGGUGCGGGUGGUGCGAUAAGGCUGAAAGGGAAAAGGCAGAGUGAAGGUGUAGGGAUAGUGGGGGCUGCUACGCGGGGAAAAAGAGGGGUUGAGGAAGAAUGGAAGCAGGGAUCUCUAGGGGAACGGACGGUGCUGAUGGUCGAUUUAGUUGCGGCCAAGUAUAACAAUGAAGUGGUUCCUUCUUGUGGGCUAAUGAGAAUAUAUAAGGAGGCUAAAUCUUCAUUGAUACGGUGGAACAUGAUUUUGCAUUUCAACGUCCAUUCAAACAUUUCUGCAGAAUGA